AUGAGGGGCACUGCUGUGGAUCAGCAUCAGCAGAUUUUAACUGUCAAGGGUCAGAUGUCCUCUCCCUCCCACGACUGCCUCCUCCCCCUUCCGCUCCCUUCUCCCUCCCGCUCCCUCUCCCCACCCCGCUCCUCCUCGCGGUCCCGCUGCUGCGCUAUUCCGUUUCUCCUCCCACUCCCAUUCCCCCUCCCGCCCCCGCUCCCCCAGCUCCUCCUCCUUCUCAAGCUCCUCCUCCUCCCGCUGCUCCUCAGGUCCGACCGCUGCCUUUCCCGCUCCCGCCAGCCGCCCGCGCUGCCACCGUCGCGCCCCGCCAUGCCGAACAUCGUGCUCUUCAGCGGCAGCUCGCACCAGGAUUUGUCCCAGCGCGUGGCCGACCGGCUGGGCCUGGAGCUGGGCAAGGUGAUCACCAAGAAGUUCAGCAACCAGGAGACCAGAUAUGCAGGGACAUGCCUGUCCCACCUUCGUUCUAGACCACUGAAAUCCCGCGAUGAUGAUGGUGUCCGAAAGUCUCUGUUGGAACCUUGUGCCGGCACAGUCCAUAGCUGUGUGGCGAGCCCCAAGGUUCUGGUUGUCAAUGGCUGUGUGACAGAUCACCACAAAGCUUAAUAGCUUCAAACAACAACUAUUUAUUUUGCUCACAACCUGCAAUUUGGGCAAAGCUCAGCAAGGAAGGUUUGUUUCUGCCCAGGGUGUUGGCAGCUGGGGCAGCUAAUGGGGACCAGAGUAACCACUUCCAAGAUAGCUCUCUCACCUGGCUGGCAAGGUGGGCUAGCUAUUGCCUGGGAGCCUGGUGAGGAACCUUGGUUCCUCUUCCCCUGGGUCUCUCCAUGGGGCUGCUUGAGCUUCCUUAUAGCCUGGAAGCUGGGUUCUAAGAGUGUCCUAAAAGAUAGCAAGUAGAAGCUGCUAGUCUAUUAAGGCCUGCCUGGAAAUUGGCACAUCAUCACUUCCAUCCUAUUCUAUUGGUCAAGCAGUCACAGAGCUCUCCCAGAUUCAGCAGGGAGGGAACACAGUCCUUGCUUCUUGAUGGGAAUAGUGUUAAUGAAUUUGGGGCCAUCUUUUAAUUACCACAGUCAUUCAUUGUUGAGUCAAACUCUUCAGCCUUCUUAUUUGGGGAGGAGUGAAGAUCUGCCUGAACAGCCAGUGGAUGCUGCCUUCUGUCCCCAGUUUUUAAGAGAUCCAGAACAAAGAUCCGGCGUGAUCAUCUUCAUGAAUAGAAGCAAGAAGAGCUUUGGAAACACUGUUGCCAUGGUGAUGGUAUUCUGUGUCCUCCCCUGGACCACUAGUCAUAUGGGGGUUGAGGUUCCUGAGGAAAAAUACACCAUUUGGGGGAUAAACAGUCAUAAGACCAGGGGUUUAUGUUUUCUGUAACAGGCCAGCUGGUAAACAGAUCCGGUAUUGUUGACCACACGAAAUCUGUUGUUGCUGCUGCUCUUCUUUCUCAUUCUCUUCUUCUUUCCCUUUAAAAAUGUAAAAAUCAUUUGUAUUAGUUCCCUAUGGUGGCUCAGGCUUACUCAGACUUAGUGGCUUAAAACAGCACAAUUAUUAUCUUACAGCUCCAUAGAUUAGAAGUCCAACAUGGGGUGGCAGGGCUGCAUUCCUUCGGAAGGUUCCAGAGGAGAAGCCAUUUCCUUUCCUUUUCCAACUUCUAGAGACCGCCCACAUUCCUUGGCUCAUGGCCCUUUCUUCCAUCUUCAGAGCCAACAACAGAGCAUCUCUCUGGCCCAGCUUCAUUCAUCCUACCUUUUUCUCUGACUCCAACUUCUUCUGUCUCUUCCACUUUUAAGGGCCCGUCUGGAUAAUCUCCUUAUUUUAAGGUCAGCUGAUUAGCAGUUUUAAUUCCAUCUGCAAACUUCUUUCCCUUUGCCUUGUAAACUAACACGUUCACAGGUUCCGGGGACUAGGAUGUAGACAUCUUUGGGGAGCUAUUUUUCUGCUGACCACCCCAUUCUUAGCUUACAGGCCAUACAAAAACAGUCAGUGGGCCCUAGUUUGUCAACCUUGGGUCUAUACAAUACUGUGAUUUCCAAAUUUACUUCAUCCCUCAGUUGAGGAGAUGUUCGCAGAAGAAUUACAUGUAGCUCCUUAGAACUUGAAAUAGAAGGGUGCACAUAGAAUUCUGUCCCUCUCAUCUCCCAAGACUGGCAUCAUACUGUUUCUUUCCAGAGCAGAAAACAUGCAAGAACAUGACCUGUUGUUAAAAAAAACUCAUUUUUCAGAACAUGUCAACUCAAAAAACUUU